GCAGGCGCGGCGGUCGCGCGACGGUCGGUCGGUGGAGCAGCCGGCAGCCAUUGUCGCCGCGGCCGCAGAGCGGUUCCCUCACGGCCCGCAGGACUCGCCGCUCCGCGACGCAUCAACCUUAAGAUGAGUGGCUGCCGUGUCUUUGUUGGACACUUGAGCUCACGUGCUCGUGAACGGGAUGUAGAGAAAUUCUUCAAAGGAUAUGGUCGCAUACGGGAAAUCCAUCUGAAAAAUGGAUUUGGGUUUGUGGAAUUUGAAGACCACAGGGAUGCUGAUGAUGCAAUUUAUGAACUAAAUGGUAAAGAGCUGUGUGAUGAAAGGGUCACAAUUGAACACGCUCGAGCUCGAAGAGGAAGAGGAAGAUUCUCACAACGGUUCAGUUAUUACCAGUCGCAGAGUGGAUCUAGCCGGUAUGGGCCUCCUGUUCGUACUGAACACAGGAUCAUUGUGGAAAACCUUUCUUCCCGUAUCAGCUGGCAGGACUUGAAAGAUGUCAUGAGAAAGGCAGGGGAGGUCACCUAUGUGGAUGCACACAGAAACAACAGGAAUGAAGGGGUUGUGGAGUUUGCAUCUUACAGUGACAUGAAGAGUGCACUGGAAAAACUGGAUGGCACUGAGCUGAAUGGACGCAGAAUUAAACUGACUGAAGACCACAGAAGGCAUAGAAGCAGAUCUCGCUCAAGGAGUUACUCAAGAUCUCGCAGCAGGUCCAGGUCUACAGGAUCUUCCAGAUCGGACAGCCGGUCCCGCUCCAGGUCAAGGUCCCGCUCCAGGUCCCGCUCUCGCUCUCGAUCCCGCUCUCGCUCUCGAUCCCGCUCUCGUUCUCGCAGUCGUACUCCUAAAAAGAGUUACUCCCACAAAAGCCACCGCUCCAGCUUGAUAGCUUCUUCCCCCUCUCCCUCUUCUUCUAAAAGAAAAUCUCGUUCUAGGUCGAGCUCUGCUCAUAGCCGUAGUUAACCUGCUCUGAGACAUGUAUUAAUUAAUUUGAUUCAAGUUUCUUGAAGACUUGAGGCAAGUUAUAUAUGAGAACUGGGAGGGGAAGAGUUAACAUGAUGAAAGGGUGACCUCCUCUUACAUUGCCAAAGUGCCUGUCAUCAAAUAGGCCAUCUCUGUGAGGAGGGGCUGGCUGUCAGCUUUCUUCUUUCAGUGAAGUCUGGAGUGGGAAGUCUUUUUUAUUUUUUUCCCUGCUAUUAGUAAACAUUUCUAUCAUAGAUAUAUUAUGUACACAUAAUGCUGAGGUAAUGGGAUGAGACAAUACGCUGCUUUCUCCCUCUCUUGCCCCUUCUUUCCCCUCCACCUCCAAGGCCUUUGACUUCCAAAAUACUAUGUUAGCUUUUGUCCUUGGUAUUAAGUCCGAGAACAGGAAGUAUAGAUUUAAUUCCUUUAAGGUUCUGUGGCUACUUUUCUGUGCGAGAAUGAAUGGACCAGAUGAAAUUAGUUUAGAGUUCCCCUUUUUCCCCGUUGCUUGGCUUAACAGGCUGUUUUAAGUUCCAGCUUUACAUGACCUUGACAAUAUGCUUAAUUUGCAAGAGACUUUCAGGAAUACACGUUGGUUAGUUGAAUAUUGCUCACUUGGAUAAUGAAUUAAUACAAUGUUAAGCAGUAAUGAAAGCUGGAAUUUUCUGUUAAAAUGAGACAUACCAUCCAGAUGUCAGGUUUAUUGGGAAUCCAUUAUAAUAAUUUUACAGUAAUUCAUUAGUAUGUGGUAUUGUAUGUAUAGGCCUUAUUUGACAGGUGACUUCAUAAAACUGCACAGAAAUGUCAAUAUGCAUGUCCAUGUUUUUGAUGUUUAUAAAAGUGACAUAGCUUUCAUACCCAAAAGUGUGAUACUGAAUAACAUGUGUAUGACUAGCAAUAGUCUUGAUGGAAAGGAAGGUUAUUUUAGUAAUGACAGCAGCAAAAAAAUCCCAGGAAAAGUGUAGUCAAAAUCUCCGGAAUGCACAGUUGUUUUGAUUAAUAGAAAUUUCCAUUGCAAAUACUGUUGUUCUUACAAUUUGGAAUUAGAUGGGUUUUUUUUAACUUCUGUAUUGUCAAAGAAGGGAAACAUUUUUGGAAAAAAUAUGUAAAUUAAUCCCAAAGUCUUACAUGUAUUUAAAUGUACCAUUCCUAAUAAAAUCAAACCUUUUUCUGGCUUA